AUGAGGGCAAUUAGUUUUAUUAUUGCACUUACGGCGGUAAUAAGCUGUAAGGCAGCAACACCACAGCUGCGAUUUGCAUGGAAACAAGUAGACUACGUCUGGGAUUCAACAGAGCAACGCGAAACGGCAAUCAAAGAUGGAGUUUUUGUAAAAGAAAACAAUCUUCCAUUAGGUUUAGUGAGAUGGAAGAACAAAAUUUUCGUAACUGUACCGAGGUGGAAGAACGGUGUGGCAUCUUCAUUAAACUAUGUAGACUUAGAUGGUGCUCAAGAUCAACCGUUAAAGCCUUAUCCGUCCUUAAUAGACAAUCUUGUACCUGACACUGCUACAGAACUUCCAUCGAACAGCUCUAUUAUUUCCGUGUUUAGAUUAUUCGUAGAUCCUUGUGACAGACUGUGGGUUAUGGACUCAGGAUUGGCAGAUAUCUUGGGGUCUCCAAACCAAAUUGCAGGUCCAUCUAUUGUUAUAUUUGAUCUUAACACCAAUCAGUUGCUACACCGUUACUUUUUCAAAGUGGCUGAUAUGAAAGAAGACUCGUUCUUCGCUAACAUUGCUGUGGACGUGGAUAAAGACACAUGUGGCGAUGCUUUUGCGUAUGUACCAGAUUUGGGCGCAUACGGUGUUGUGGUUUACAGUCUUAAACAGAACGACUCAUGGCGUGUGAGCCACCAUUACUUCCACUUUGAACCGUUGGCUGGCUCUUAUAGGGUUGGUGGGGUCGAGUUUCAUUGGACUGAUGGGGUCUUCGCGUUAGCACUCUCCGAACCAAGAGAGAAUGGAUAUCGCACGAUGUUUUUCCAUGCGUUCUCUAGCACCAAGGAGUUCUGCGUGUCCACAGAGCUGCUUCGCAACUACACACACAUUGACAAGCAACAGGCAUUCCACGACUUCAAGCUUUUGGGUGAUCGCGGCGAGAAGUCUCAAUCGUCAGCCAGUUACUAUGACACAAACACUAGUGUGCUGUUUUAUACACAGGUAAAUCGGGAUGGCAUCGGUUGCUGGAACUCAAAUAAGCCUUACACUCCAGCGAACAAUCCUCUUCUGUUUAGUGAUCCUACUUUGUAUGAAUUCCUCAAUGACCUUAAGGUGGAUAACGAAGGUACUUUAUGGUUCCUGAGCGAUAAACUUCCACGCUUCAUAUACAAAUCCCUUGAUCCUAAUGAUGUCAACUUCAGAAUUUUUAGCAUUAAAGCAAAAGACGCCAUUGUUGGAAGUGCUUGCGAA